AUGGAACCGAGGAGGUUAGAGCGGUUAGUGUUCCUGCUCUGCUGCAUUGCGGCAAUCACAUGCAGGCUACACGCACAAGCUCAGGCCCAAACAACUCUGCAACACACCAAAAGCUCAACUCACACUGGAGCAGUGGGUAGGAAUUUGUCAGAGUUGGGAAACAGAUCAGAGAGUGUGCUCUCAAGAAGAACGAGGAGAGUUGAUCCUCUUGAAGGACUGAGGAAAUAUGAGGGAGGGUACAACAUCACUGACAAGCACUACUGGAGUUCGGCCAUAUUUACAGGUAGAUCUGGAUAUGUGAUGUCAGGAUUAUGGAUUAUCGGUGGCAUCAUUUUUGUUGUAGUUCUUCUCGUCUCCAAGAUUUUCUUCCCAAAAAAGAAAGAAAGAUACACUGACUUCGACUAUUUCCUUGAGAGAUAUCAAAUUUUGACUGUGAUACUCUGUAUCCUCCUUACAGUUUUCGUCAUAGUUUCUUCAGCAGUUGCGCUUCGUGGCACGGUACAAUUCCACUCAAGAGCAGAAUCUGUGAAAGAGAUAAUCGGGACGACUGCACUUGAGGCUACAGCAACAAUUUACAACAUAACAGGUGCCAUUGAGAAGAUGCAGAACACAUCAAAGCUGUACAACUACACCAGCCAAGCUUGGGAUCAUCUGAACUCCACAGUUGAGGCGCUCAACUCCGAAGCCGUGGAGAUUCAGGCGAAGGCAGAGAAGAACAUGCGCUUGGUUAGCAAGGGAAUCAGGAUUCUGGAACUUGUGACAAUUUUAUGUGUGACGCUGAAUCUUGUCGCACUACUGGUGUUGCUGGUAGGGAGGCCUCUAAGGCUGCAAAAGCUGUGUUGCUUGUGCAUGGCCUUCUGCUGGAUAUUGACAGCCCUAUUCUGGAUGUACUUCGGUCUGUACUACUUCUUCGACAAGUUUGCCGGGGACACGUGUGUCGCCCUGGACGAGUACCAGCUGAACCCUCAGAACAGCACGCUGGGCACCAUCAUACCCUGCAGCGAGAAGCUCUCCGCUGACGUGAUCCUGCACGACGUCGGUGCAGGCAUCCAUGACAUCAUUGACCAGGUGAAUUCAAACAUUUACACGAUCAAAUCAGAGUACCCGGUGAAGCAGCUGGACUACAUCUGCAACCCCUUCACGGGACCGCCGCAGUACCAGUACAGGGCGGAGAACUGCCCCUCCGGCGCCGCCACCAUCGGUGACAUCCCGCAGGUGAACACAACCGUAGCUACAGUUUCAGAUUCCAGAACAAAUGUGUAUGUAUGGUCAAUUGUUGCUGAUCUUGACAUGGCGUUGCCUGCUGUCGUAAAGAUCCUGAAGAGGCUGACGUGCUCGGACUUCGGCGGCGGCGCCAACUGCCGCCCGGCCGACCUCUCGUCGGCGAUCGACUACGACAAGGUGCAGUCGUACACGAGCUCCAUCCAGAACGUGCUGGACAUCUUCCCGGGCACGGAGCGGCUGGUGAGCUGUGAGCUGGUGAAGGCCGGCUUCGCGGACAUCGUGGGCAACCAGUGCGCCCCGCUGCGACGCGGCGCGCGCGCUGCGUGGGCCGCGCUCGCCGCGCUGUCCGCGUCCAUGGUGUUGCUGAUUCUGCUCGUGCUCGUGGCGACCAACGCCCGCCACCCAGGCGACGACCGCCUGUCCGUGCGGCACCUCACGUCGUCGACCAACUCGGAGAUCUCGGAGGUGGAGUUCGCCGAGAUGCACGCCAAGAAAGUGCGGAUCUGGGUUGGGCCAUGA